AUGCUCUCCACUGCUUCUCCUAUCGACACGGCAACCAGCAACAAGUCCAACAUGACUAUGGCUGCUGCUUCUUCAGCAGGCAUCCCUACCCAGAAACGCGACUUUAUCCGGGUGGAUCUUCAUGACUUUGACAAUCGUCGAGACGAGAUUAUUGAGACGUUGAUGAAAGCCGCUACCAAUGAAGGUUUCUUUUAUGUGGUCAAUCAUGGUAUACCAAUUGAAGACAUUCGUGCCAUGUUCAAAGCCAGUGUUGAUUGGUUUGCAUUGCCUGAUGAAAUCAAAGCCAAGUAUCCCAUCGAUGUUUCACGCAAUGCUGGCUGGGAGAAAUUGACACAGGUUCGCCCCUCUACAGGUGUUGCCGACCUUAAGGAAUCAACUCAAUUUCGAUUUCAUGGAAUUGAAGAUUUAUGGCCUACCAAUGAAGAUGCUCCUGGAUUUCGGGAACGUGCUCAAGGAUUCAUGCAACAAUGUCAUCAAGUAUCUUCCCAAAUCUUGACAUGUCUUGCUCUUGGCCUUGGAUUUGAAGCUGAUUUCUUCACCCGCAACAAUGACAUUACCCAAGAAGAUUGUCUCAAUACGCUGAGGUGCUUGCAUUACCAUGACAUUACAGGCCAAUCAUUCCCUCCAGAAUAUUGGCGUGCGGGUGCCCAUACCGAUUUUGAUGUAUUGACAUUGCUUUUCCAACGGCCUGGUGAAGAUGGUUUGGAGGUAUGCCCUGGUAGAGAAACAUCUUCCGAAUUUGGUCAUGGUGAUGUGUGGGCAUCAGUGCAUCCUCAAGAAGGCGAGAUAGUGUGCAACUUGGGUGACAUGAUCAUGCGUUGGUCCGAUGACGUUUUCAAAAGCAACUUUCACCGAGUUCGUGCUCCAAAGGUGGGCGAAUACCAAGGAGCUCGUUAUUCAAUUGCAUACUUCAAUCAAGCCAACAAGUCAGCCGUUAUCCAAGGUCGUACUCGUUAUCUUGAACCCAUCACAGCGGGUGAUUUCAUCAAGCAAGCCAUGGAACGCAACUAUAAUGCUCUCAAGGAAUUGAAAGCAAAGCAGCAACAACCAGCUGCUUGA